AUGGAGUCGAAUGUGGUCUCCGCCAUGAAGGGCGAUAAAUUGAAGGAUUCUCCUCAAUGGAGAAACUGGUUUGCAAGAGUGAAGCUUUUCGCUCGCCAGAAGAUGGUGUGGGACCUCGUAAACCCACAGAUUGAGGAGGAUGAACUCGAGCAGCCUAUGCGCAAGCCGAGGAGACCUCAAUAUCCAGAGGGCGGGAGUGAGAAUGCCAAGCGCGAAUGGAGAGAUCGGCUUGAUAUCUAUAAGCUUGAUCUAGCGGAGUGGGAACAGCAGACAAAAGGGCUAGAUGCUGUGAAUGAGUGGAUCAUUGCCAACCUCGAUCCUAUCCAUCAUGCCUUCCUGCUUGAUUAUGAGACUCCGUAUGAGCGAUUAGUGUAUCUCGAGACUCGAUUUGCCCGAUCGAAUGCGUACGUGGAAGAUAUUCGUGCCCAGUGGAAGCGGUUCUCAUCAUCUCCUCCAAGGAAAGGUGUUGAUAUCAAUCGCUGGCUAGCCGACUGGAAUACCCUAAGGGUACAAGCGGUUAGAUUAGAUUUGCCUGGGGUUAAGAGUGCGAAUAAGGUUUUCCUUCGUGCAGUGAAAGACAUCUUGCCUACCUGGUGGCAAGCGAAGUACGAGUCUAUCAUCAUGAAUCAUGAGGAUUGGGAGACUCGAGACCUGAUUGAGAACUUCCGAGGGUUCUAUCAGAAGAUGAUGCCUCAAAAACAAGCUAGUACGAUCUCAAAAGCUUCGUUUUCAACAUUCCAAGACUUCGAGGAGGCAGAAACAGAUUCAGAUCAGCCUCAGCAGCAGAAGCCAUCACCGAAACAAGGAAGCAAACCACCGAUCCCUAAGCGCUGGUGUCCUUGUGGAAAUCGAGGGCAUAAACUCUGGCUUUGCUACAUGAUUAAUGACGCUGUACGCCCUCAGGGUUGGACAGUACAGAAAGCAAAGAAACAGAGAGUGGAUAAGGCCCUUAAGGAUGACCCGCAAUGGAAGAAUUGGAUUGAUAUGAAAGUUAAGGAGUAUAAUGAGAGGCAGCAUAAGGAAGAAAAGCCAGAGGUGGCCAACAGCGUUCUGCCCUCACGGAUCUCCUUCUUCACGUCAACAGACCUUGCUGCAAUAAACAGUGCACCAGAGAACUUCCAGGAUCUGAGAUCUCGAUGGAUCCUCGAUAAUGCCUCGUCGAUGCAUGUUUGCAAUGACCGAAGCAGAUUCACCACGUAUACACCGACGAAUUCGAGUCUAAAGACUGGUGACUUGACGACAAAGGUAGAGGGACUCGGUACAGCGGAACUUCGAGGUGUGGACCCUUCAACGGGCAAGGAGAAAGCUAUUACGCUGAGUAACGCCCUAUAUUCACCGGGAUUUCAUACCAACCUUGUGUCGUACGGAGCGUUAAAGAAGAAAGGUGGACGCUGGGACGAGGAUGGAGAUUGCAUUCGUGACCCUAAUGACACACCAGUUGUCAGCCUGAAACCACUGGCUUCGUUGAACCUAUGGGCAUUUGAUAUACCCCAAACAGCAGGUCAUGCCUAUGCAGUACGAAGGUCUGAACAGCCAAUUGUGGCAGAGGCCUCUGCAGAGAUAUGGCAUAGAAGACUUGGGCAUGUUUCACCACGGGUCGUACAGAAAGCAGCAGAUAUGGUUGAUGACAUUAAGAUCAAAGGCGACCUAUCAGUAUCGAGUCAACCGACAGACUCAGUGUCGACAGAAACGAGCAUUUGUGAGGUCUGCAAGCUAUCUCAUGCACCAAGACAGAUCUCAAGGCGUCCUACUGGACAGACAUUCGGACGGUAUGGGCAUGACCUGCUGUUUGGGGUAUAUCAAAUGCCCAUAGGUUCAACGAAGCCAGUGGUUUCAGGCUGA